UCUAUGUCAUUUCUGUUUUUUUUUCAGUUGCAACUAAUAGACUUGCUUCAACAAUAUUCAAUUUUGAUUUCAUUAGAAGAAUUAAAAGAGUGUCUCAGAAGAUAAGCUUAUCAAAUCCUGCUGCUCGCCUGAAUAAAAACAUGUCACAGUCCAUGUCUACACUCUUACUAAGACCGCAGUUAUCAGGAGUGGAGUCAUCCUGGUGUGAAUGUACUGAUGCAGAGUGAAGGCUGGGUCCUUUGGCCCACAUAUCUGUUACUACAUGAUCAGCUGAUGAGUUUAGCAUAGGUAGAUCCCUGCUAACCUUCAGCACUAUCUGCUGAUGACAGAGGGAUUGCUGGGAUUCAGCCCUCUGCCUUCUCCUCAGGGCUCUCCCUCUUGCAGUCCACUCAUCCAACUAAACAAGGGGAUUAUUAACUUUUUUUUUUUUUUUGCCUGCAUUUGAAUGUAUAGAUUUCCCCCAAUCUGUACAUCACCUGGCGGUUGCUCCAUUGGAGCAGCACUGGAGCUUCAUUGAGAGCAAAGGGAAGAGGACAAGGAAUAUCUGACAGAAGAAGAGGAAGGAGGAACAAUGGGUGUGCAAAAAGAAGACGUGGAGAAGUUUCUUCGCGACAACCCUGCGUUUGCUGCAAAGUACUUUUGCAAAACAUUGAGCCCUUCUUCCAUAUCAAAGAUAUCAGGACUCCCAGAAAAAGAGAUCGACUUUGGAAAGCUGGAGGAACUUAGCCGGGUUGAGGAAAGCAGAAUAAUGUUUGAUUUAAUCAAAGACAUGCAAGAGAACAUCAACAUGGAAAAGGUGGUCUUCAAGAUCCUGAAGCGGCUCGGAGCUCUCAUUCACGCCGACCGCUGCAGCCUGUUCAUGUACCGGCAGCGGAACGGCAUCGGAGAGCUGGCGACGAGGCUCUUCAACGUCUCGACCAACUCAGUCCUGGAGGACUGUGUGGUUCCACCAGACUCUGAGAUCGUCUACCCUCUGGACUUGGGGAUAGUUGGCAAUGUGGCCCUCACCAAGAAGAAUGUCAACGUGAAAGAUGUCAAAGAGAGCCAGUAUUUCAGUUCAUUCGUUGAUGAACUCACAGAAUACGAGACCAGGAACGUGCUGGCAGCGCCCAUCCUCAACGGCAAAGACCUGGUGGCCGUGAUCAUGGCCCUGAACAAAACCACAGGACCACAUUUCACCAGCCAGGAUGAAGAUCUCUUCCUGAAGUACCUGAAAAUUGCCUCUCUGAACCUUAAGAUCUUUCACCUAAGUUACCUCCACAACUGUGAGACACGCAAAGGACAGCUGCUGCUGUGGUCUGCCAACAAGGUGUUUGAAGAGCUGACAGACAUCGAGCGACAGUUUCACAAAGCCUUGUACACAGUCCGGGCCUACCUCAACUGUGACCGAUACUCUGUGGGGUUACUAGACAUGACAAAGGAAAAGGAGUUCUUUGACAUUUGGCCUGUGUUGAUGGGAGAGCAGCCACCUUACAGUGGACCUGUAACUCCAGAUGGCAGGGAAGUAAUUUUCUACAAGGUGAUUGAUUACAUACUCCAUGGAAAAGAAGACAUCAAAGUAAUACCAAAUCCACCUGCAGACCACUGGGCCUUGAGCAGCGGCCUUCCCACUUAUGUUGCUGAGAGCGGCUUUAUCUGCAACAUCAUGAAUGCGGCCGCUGAUGAGACGUUUCAGUUCCAGACAGGGCCGCUGGAUGACAGUGGCUGGACCAUAAAAAAUGUUCUCUCGCUUCCAAUUGUCAACAAGAAAGAAGAAAUAGUCGGCGUGGCAACGUUUUACAACAGGAAAGAUGGGAAGCCAUUUGAUGAUCAUGAUGAAAAUCUCAUGGAGGCUUUGACUCAGUUCCUGGGAUGGUCAGCUCUGAACACGGACACGUACGACAAAAUGAACAAGCUCGAGAACCGAAAGGACAUCGCUCAAGAUAUGGUGCUCUACCACGUCAAAUGUCGAAAUGAUGAAAUUCAGAAUAUCCUGAACACAAGAGAGGUCUAUGACUGUGAGCCCUGGGACUGUGAAGAAGAGGAUCUUCUUGACAUUCUGAAAAAAGACCUGCCACCUCUUAUCAAGAAAUUUGAGAUCUACGAGUUUCGCUUCUCAGAUUUUAACUGCACAGAACUGGAGCUGGUGAAAUGCGGGAUCCAGAUGUACUACGAAGUCGGUGUAGUGAAGAAGUUCCAGAUUCCUCAAGAAGUGCUGGUUCGCUUCAUGUACUCUGUCAGUAAAGGCUACAGAAAAAUCACCUACCACAACUGGCGUCACGGCUUCAAUGUGGGACAGACCAUGUUCACAUUGUUAACGACAGGGCAUCUGAAGCGAUAUUACACAGACCUAGAAGUCAUGGCCAUGAUAACGGCAGGAUUUCUGCAUGACAUUGAUCACAGAGGAACAAACAACUUGUACCAGGUCAAAUCGGGUAAUCCUCUGGCCAAGUUACACGGCUCCUCCAUCCUGGAACGACACCAUCUAGAGUUUGGAAAGUUUCUCCUCUCCGACGAGUCACUGAACAUCUACCAGAACCUGAACAGGCGGCAGGUAGAUCACGUGAUUCAUCUUACCGACAUUGCCAUCAUCGCCACCGACCUGGCUCUGUAUUUCAAGAAGCGAACAAUGUUCCAAAAGAUUGUGGACCUUUCAAAAACAUAUGAAGAUGAAAAGAAAUGGGUGGAUUUCAUGUCUCUAGAAACAACCAGAAAAGAGAUCGUCAUGGCAAUGAUGAUGACAGCAUGUGACUUGUCGGCCAUCACGAAGCCCUGGGAAGUGCAGAGCAAGGUUGCCUUGUCUGUGGCGGCAGAGUUUUGGGAGCAGGGUGAUUUGGAGAGGACAGUGCUGGAACAGCAACCUAUUCCCAUGAUGGACAGGAACAAAGCAGCAGAGCUUCCAAAGCUACAAUGUGGCUUCAUUGACUUCGUCUGCACAUUCGUCUACAAGGAAUUUUCUCGCUUCCACCCCCAAAUCCAGCCUAUGUUAGAUGGCAUCCUUAACAACAGGAAAGAAUGGAAUGCAAAAAAAGAGGAAUAUGAAGCUAAACUCAAAGCCAUAGAGGAAGAGAAUGCCGCAAAAGAGGCUGCUCAGGCAGCAAAAGCCGCUGCAAACAACCCGAGUGGUGGAGGCUCCAAGACCUGCUCCGUUUGCUAAAAGACUCUACAGACAGUGGGAGCUCAGAAUCAUCUGAAAAGAAAUAUUUUGAAUAUUUUAGACUGACUGGCAAGAAAAAUGCUCUAAAAUGAAGAAGUUGGAUAUGUUCGCAAAGCCCCAAAGUACUUAUAAGCCUCCCACAGUCUUAACGCGCCGCCCAGGAGGAGCGCAGCAAAUGUCACGGUCAGACAGUGGAGCAUUAGGGGGGUUGUCCCAUUGGACUGUCAAUUAUUGAAACCACACAAAAAACCUUGUAAAAGUGCGCAUCAGGUCAGUGCUUCUCAGUUGGGCUGCGCACAGAAUAAAAGAAGGUGUGGGGUUUAAAUGAUCCCAUUUUUUAAGACCACAGAAGGGUUAAAGAGUAGGAGUUUCAGUCAGAGAAGAAAAAGCCUGAACAGAAAGAGCUCUGCACUUCAGCUAAAAUAAUGGGACAUGGUAAAACAUCAGUCAUUACUGGGACAUCACUGAAUCAAAUUUUGUUGUAUUUAACUUUAAACUGCUUUGACAAUAUUGUUCUGCAUUCCAAUUUCACUUUUGUUUCAAACACAUUGUUUAUCUUUUGAGAAUUACUUUUAGGUACUUGACAGGUACAGACUUAACAUACUGUCGUUUCUGUACAGAUGAUACAUUUUUGUAUUUUUUUGUGUUUGUUUCAGCAGGUGUCACAAGAUAAUCAUUGUAAAUACAUUACAUAGCCACUGGUAGCCUUGCCAUGUACCAUAUGUACUGCAUUGCAUGACAGAGAAAAUAUAGCUCUGUUACAUUUUUAUGGACAAGACCAGACUGUAAAAAGGCCUCUUAGAAAGUAGUACAUCUACAUCUUCCAGCAAUUGUUUUCAAUGUUCACUCUUUCCAUUCACUAUUUACAAAUGAGAGUGUGUUUACUUUGAUUGCAGAGAUCUACAACUACAAUUUGCUACAAUUAGUAAGGCAACUUGCCAUGUGGUAAUCAUGUGCAAUAGCUAUGCAUGUUUCCAAUCAACAAAAUCUGUAGCUGCUUAUCUUUGAUGCCUUUAUAAUGUACAUACGGAGUCUGUGUGUGUGUGUGAGAGAGAGCGAGAGAGGAUAGCCUAGAAAACCUUGUAUAACGUGAGUAGAUCAAUGUAUUUGGAAAUAGAUCUUGUUCAGAGACAUUGGGGGGUCCAAGAUGAAAACUGGGAUUCAAAUUCUUUUGCAUUUUAUCUAUUUGGACUCGAAUGCUUGUCUUAAAGUAAGAGCAAGAAGCUAAAAAAAUGGCUUUAAAAAUAAGCCGGUACUACGUCACGCAGGCACUGCCUGCGUUGAGCAUGAACAGAACGCAAUCCACACAUCGCAAAGAAUGUGGAAACUUUACUCAUUCAUAAGAUCAAGAAACUGAACCCAGGGCUGUGGUGCUGUAGGGCAGCAGUGCUACUAGCCAUUCAGACUCCUGGGUGACAAAGCUGUUCCAGUCAACAGACUGAGCAACCUGACUUUGUGUAACGACAUGUACACCUACACAUCUACACUUGUAAAUACAAUAUUUUUAAAGGUAAAAUAGUAACGCUUACAGAAUUGUAUUGCUCUUAUUGAGCCGUGAGUUCAUGCUUGUCUCAGUUUAGCUUUAACAUUUUCCACUUAUUAAAGUGAUGUCUGAAUGUAUAAGAUUAAAAUAUUAGGUAUUAAUGACACUUGUAUGUGCUGUUGAUACAUCUGUAACACAUUUGUUGUAGUUAUUUUAAUUUAAAGCCAGCGACUUAAAGCUUGCCUCAUCGUCUGGUCCUUGUGUACAAUGAUGACUCAAAUAAAGCAAAUGUAUUUUUA